UUUUUGUUCGGCGAUAACGACGAUCGACGUUGGACAGUGCACGCCAUUUUGCGUACCACACUUCAGCUUGCUUCGCGGCCAUAUCAAAUGCAGCUGAUCAAUUAUCUCUCCAAUGAACUCUGGUCAUACGCCGAGCGUUCGGGUAGUCGUGCAGCUCAGUACGUCGACGUACUUUCAUGUUAUCUACCUCGAUUCUUGUCCAAAGACGAACUGAUGGCGCUUUACAGUCGAUCAACCAAAAUCAUUGAUGAAGCAUUGCCUGUACUGGAAGCAAGUCGCAGCUCAGUUCUUUUCGAGAAAUUAUGCGAAAAUAUUGGAUCUCCGGAUAUUUCGGUUUUGAGCUGCUCUCCGUGCCUGAUAUGCUCGGAUGCUAGUCGUCAAAUGAUGGAAUUGAAAUUGUCUACAAUAAAACUGGAUUCUCGUUUCACCACUUCAGCGCAAAUGAUUAAACUUAUGGGUCAUUUUGAGGUACAAACUUUCAGGAUCAUAAUUCGUCUGAACGAAAUUAAACGAUCCAAAAUGAUAAAGCGUUUCAAAUUUUAUCACUGUAAUAAAGUGCUGGAAUCGGCGGUGGAUCUAAAAAAUCGGCCCCAGCUUUGGGAGAAAGUGGCUGAUGUGCAGGUUAGUCAGGGAAGCGGUGAAAUCGAUGUACAGCUGCCAUUACCAGUAGUUACAUGCAAUGUUGUACUGGAAAUGGCCGAAUUUCAUGAAACUGCAACAGCGAGCACAUCGGACGCACCGGAAUUGGUCCACUGUCCACGAUGCUCCACAGCAGUGCCGCCAAAUCCGGGGAUUUGUUCGAAUUGCGGCGAAAAUGUUUUCCAAUGCAUAAAAUGUCGCGCGAUUAAUUACGAUGAAAAGGAACCAUUUCUGUGUAAUUCAUGUGGAUUUUGCAAAUAUGCACGUUUGGAGGCAAUGAUUGUCGGCCGCUCAACACCAUCUGUACAGACUAUUGAAGACGACAGGGAACGAGGAACGGUAAAUAUUUGCUGA